CAUGUCGCUUCUUAAGAAAAACUGGAGGCGAAGGAAACCAACCUUUCGCUCAAUAUUCCAUCAAGAGGACUUUUUACGAGAGAGUGACAGCUCUAUAGAAAAAGCAGUGUUUUGGACCUCAAAUUUCCUCUCUAUUCCGUCAUCGGGCAAAAGUUUACUGAACUUAAAGAAUAGCCAGGAACAAUGCCUAAAGGAGAAACUGAAUAAGAUAAAGAUUGUCAUAAAUGUUGGUGGAGAAAGAUUUGUUAUGGCUUAUAAAACAAUCAGCCUGUACCCUCACACCUUGCUCGCUACACAGGAGAUUGACAAAUAUUUUGAUCGAAAAAGAAAGGAAUAUUUCUUUGAUCGUGAUCCAGACAUGUUCAGGUAUGUUUUUAAGUUUUACACGCACGAUAAGAUCCACUUUCCAAUGGAUGAAUGCAUCCAAGCAUUGAUCGACGAAUUCAAAUUCUUUCGGAUUCCGCUGGACAUCAUGAAAGACUGUUGCUAUGCUGAAUUCCAUCUGGAAUACGAAAAUAACACUAAUUCCACGAAGUUUGCAAAGCAAAACCGACCUGCGCGACAAUCAACAACGUCACGCAACAGUCACAACGUUUCUUCGAAAUCACUAAGUGAUACCAAUUGGUUUCGCUAUUUGCUGUCAAGAAGUGAAUCAAGAGCUGUGACCAACAUCUUAUUAUUCUGUAUCGUAUUCAACAUACUUGGCAUGAUUCUUGAAACCUUACCUUGCAGCAGCAAUUCCGAGAAAUGCGGGGACCUCUAUGCCAAGACGUUCUUCAUAUUUGAUACCAUAUGCGUUCUGAUUUUGACACUAGAAUUUGCAGUGUCCUUUUCGAAAGCCCAGAACAAGAAGGCCUAUUUCUGUCGCGUACCCAUUGCGACGUACUUUGCUUCGCUCGUACCAGCUUACAUAAUGUGGCUCUUGUAUAGUAUUCUCGGGUUUAGAAACACUCCCAUCGUUUUAGAGGACAUCUGUAAUGCUCUUAGGGUAAUUCGCAUAGUAAAGAUUGCUAAUUCGUCCUCUCAUCUGCGAGACACUGUUGGUCAAAUUAUGUCAGCCGCGCGAGGACUAGGGCUAAUUCUUCUGACGUGUAUUAUCGCUAUAAUAGUCCUGUCUGUGUUGUUGUAUCAUCUCGAUGACACAUGUCCGCACGUGCCUUUGGGAAUGUGGUAUUUCGUAGUCACUAUGACAUCACUGGGAUAUGGGGACUACGUACCAUCAGCGACCUCGGGAAAACUGCUUGGAGCUGUUGCUGUCAUUCUUGGAAUACUCGUUGUCUCUUUACCCGUCCCAAUUAUUCAGAAUAAGAUUGGUGCAAGUUUAGACGUUGAUCCAGAACCAGAAACAGACGAGAUAGUUUUAGACAGUUUGUAUCCGCCUGAUUUUAAAUACAGACAGCGCAGGAUGUCCAGAAUGUUCAGUCUGGAGCAUAGAGUAAAUACACUGAAGAAAUCAGUGGAAAACGUUAAUCAUGUCAUGCCUUGAGGUGACAUUUAACUUCGAUAAGUAAAUGUAGAAACUACUGCACCUAACGUUGAGUAAAGGAUG